AUGGAUUAUAUUGCGGAACAAGAACAGGAAUUGGAAGUUUUGGAAUCAAUAUAUCCAGAUGAAUUGGAAGUAUUGAACGCAACAUAUCCUGAUAUAAAGUUCAGUGUUACUUUGAAAUUAGAAUUGAAUGAUACUGCUAUACAUGACAAUGAUCUAUUGAUGUCCCUGAGUAAAGUGCAUUUAUUGGAAGUUACUUUCCAGUUUCCAGAGACUUAUCCUGACAUGGCACCAAUUAUACAUAUUAACCCAUUGGAACAGUCUCUGGACGAUAAUAGUGAGAGUGACGAAGAUGAGGAUGAGCAAGAAGAUGAGUAUGAUGAGCAUGGGAACAUUGUGUUGAGUAAGCUCGAGAAUCUUGCGGAUAACAUUUCCUUUAAGGACUACAUUGAGGAAUUGACAUCCAUCGUACGUGAUCAAAUCGAUAGCGAUAUGUUACUGGGAAUGCAAAUGUGUUUUGCUCUAUUGGCUACGAUAAAGGAAAAUGCAGAGAAUUGGUUCUUGGAACAAUUGGAUGAAUUAGAUAAACAACAUACAUUGGAGAUUGAAAGACGUGAAGCUCAAGAACAGAAAAAGUUUAAUGGGACACCCGUCACUAAAGAAUCAUAUUUGGAAUGGAGGGCCACAUUUAGAAAAGAAAUGCAUUUGGAUGAAAGGGAUAAAUUAAGAAGACUAGAGGCACAUAAUGGUAAAUUGACUGGGAAGCAAAUGUUUGAACAAGGUGUAGCAGGUACUAUUGAUGAUACUGACGAUGCCGAAAUCGAGUCCAUGACCAAAGAAUUAGAUGAUGUGGAUAUAUAA